AAAACUUCAAAAGCUCAAACGUAAUACCAAAGUCAAAAUCACCUGUACUUCUCGGUGAUUUUCUCAUAGCUCCUAUCGUCCCCAUCGAUGGUGAUUUUGUCUCUAAUUCUGUUCCCUUUCCUCCUCCUCUUCCUCCUCCUCAUCUUCAUCGUGCGUCCCCGCCCGAUCAACAUCCCAAUAAAAAAUCGACACGUCUUCAUUACAGGUGGGUCAAGCGGCAUCGGGCUAGCCUUGGCUCACCUGGCCGCUUCCCAGGGAGCUCGAGUCUCGCUCUUAGCUCGAUCUCUUAAAAGACUCGAAGAAGCCAAAGAAUCGAUUCGCCUUUCCUCCGGAGCCGACGUUUCCAUAUUUUCUGCCGAUGUUCGUGAUUACGACGCCGUUCAGAAGGCGAUUAACGAUGCGGGGCCCAUCGAUGUCCUGGUAGUUAAUCAGGGAGUGUUUGUGCCUCGGGAGCUUGAGAAGCAGGGAUUGGAUGAGGUCAAGUUUAUGCUAGAUGUGAAUCUGAUGGGGAGUUUUAAUGUCAUCAAAGCUGCUUUGCCGUUGAUGAAGCAGAGGAUGGACCGCUUGCCCGCUUCCAUCGCUCUUAUUUCUUCCCAAGCUGGUCAGGUGGGAAUUUAUGGGUACACAGCAUACUCGGCCAGUAAAUUUGGGCUUCGAGGACUAGCAGAGGCAUUGCAGCAGGAGGUUAUUGGGGAUAAUAUCCAUGUCUCUGUUGUAUUCCCACCAGAUACUGACACUCCUGGUUUUGAGGAAGAAAUUAAAGUUAGGCCAGAGCUCACAAAAAUACUAGCAGGCUCCUCUCGUUCAAUGAAAGCUGAUGAAGUUGCCAAGACAGCUUUAGCGGGCAUCGAAUCUGGAAGUUUCAUGGUCCCUUGCAACUUUGAUGGGCACAUGCUGGCUAUAGCUACUGCUGGUUUAUCCCCCCAAAGAUCUUUCUUGAUGGCAUUCACUGAGGUGAUUUUUUCUGGUGUAUUACGUCUUGUAGCAUUAUUUCUCCAAUGGAACUGGUAUCGGUGCAUAGAACAUUGGCAUGCAAAGAAAAAAGAGACAUAGGCCUCCGGCGCUCAAGAUGGAUCAUCAUUACCUGUUCCAGUUCUGUUGCUUAAUGCUAGUAAGAUCUCAUGGAUCUUACCUCUUCCAAAUGUUACCUCUUCUUUUUCUUUCCAACUUUCGAUUCAUGUUUUGCUAGAAGUAGACAAAGCGAAUAACUAGAGCCGGAUUGCAUAGGAAAGUUUUAGUUUUGUAUUGUUAGAACUUGCUGGUUGAAUCUUUUGAUGUGAAUCAUGAAAUUCGGGUUUUAAUACAGACAAGAACUGCCCA